AUGUCGCUCCCUUCUUACGAUCCUCUCCCCCCUCAAAAUCAAACUCAAGGUCAAGCACAACAAGUCCAGCUCCCCCCUCCUUCCUCGGGGGCCGCACCACCACAACAACAACAGGGCCAAGGACUAGGACAACAACAAGCAGUAGGCGAUAAACAAGCCCUACUAGCCAACGAGAAUAGACGAAGGAGGAGGCGCGAGAGCCAUAAUGCCGUUGAGAGACGACGGAGGGAUAAUAUUAAUGAGAAGAUUAGUGAGCUUGCUACGUUGAUUCCGGAGUGUAUGUUGGAUGUUGGCGGUCCAAACGGAAACGGCAACACCUCUUCCCCAUCCGCCGCUUCCCCAGGCGCAAGCAGCGGCGGGAUCAUGUCAAACGGUCUCCCGGACCCAGAUUCGCUGCUGACACCCGUCGACGUGUUGAAUGGGCUUAACAAUCCUAAUCCCACUGCGAAUGGCUUCAACGGGACGCCGACCAGGAAAGAUUCGUUGGGCGAGGAAGCUGGAGGAGGGGGAGGGCAGCAGGGAGGGGAUGGGGGUGUUGUCAAGGCGAAUAAGGGUAUGAUUUUGAGGAAGAGUGUUGAGUAUAUCAGUGCAAAGAUCCUAAUGAGAAGUGAUGAAAUGGUCCAGAUGCCCCAAUGA